CUCUAUAGAUGACUGCUUUCCGGUACAAAUAUUGCGUACUUGUUUUACUCAUUCACAUUGGAAGGUCAAGGUUACUUUGCCGGUGGGACUAAACAGGAACAUUUGCAUCCAAAGAAAGGAAAGACUGUGUUAGCAGAAAAUGCCUGAACCAAUUAAAGUUGUAGUGACUGGAGCAGCUGGGCAGAUUGGCUAUGCUCUGGUGGGUUCUGUAGUAAAAGGAGAAGUCUUCGGGGCGGACCAGCCAGUCAUUUUGGUGCUGUUAGAUAUUGAACCGAUGAUGGGAGUUCUUGAAGGAGUUGUCAUGGAGUUGAAAGAUUGUGCUUUUCCUCUUGUUAAAGAAUAUAUUCCCACCGCUGACUAUGAAAAGGCUUUCAAGGACGCUGAUGCAUGCAUGCUUGUUGGUGCUAUGCCGAGGAAAGAGGGUAUGGAGAGAAAGGAUUUGUUGGCUGCCAAUGUGAAAAUCUUCAAAGGUCAAGGAGAGAUGAUAGACAAAGUUGCUAAAAAGACAGUCAAGAUAGUGGUAGUUGGUAACCCAGCCAAUACAAAUGCACUGAUCUGCUCCAAGUAUGCACCAUCUAUUCCAAAGCAGAACUUCUCUGCACUCACCAGGCUUGACCAAAGCCGAGCAAAGGCUCAGAUUGCAGACAGAGUGGGGGUCAGUGUUGGCGAUGUCAGCAAUGCUAUAAUCUGGGGUAACCAUUCAUCUACGCAGUACCCCGAUAUGAGACAUGCCACAGUGAACCUUAAUGGCAAGAAAAUGUCAGUUCCUGAAGCUGUGAAAGAUGAUAAUUGGCUGAAAAACGAGUUUAUCAAGAUAGUCCAGUCACGUGGAGCUGCUGUUAUUAAAGCUAGAAAGUUAUCCAGUGCUAUGUCAGCUGCCAAAGCCACCUGCGACCACAUGAGAGAUUGGUGGAUGGGAACUCAAUCAGGUGAAUGGACAUCCAUGGCUGUUAUCUCUGAUGGCAAUAAAUACGGGAUUCCUGAUGGGUUAAUGUACUCCUUCCCAGUGGAAAUCAAAGACAAGACUUGGAAAAUUAAAGAAGGGCUGGAGAUCAACGACUUCUCAAGAGAGAAGAUGGACAUCAGUGCCAAGGAACUGGUACAAGAACGAGAUGAUGCUUUGGCAGUGUGCGAGGAUGGACAACAAAAAAAAUGACCUCAUAAACUUUAACACAGGUCUGCAGGAAAACAGAUCAUGAGAUACUUUCUUUGUGUAGUCUUACGUAGUCUUACUCAGUGCGUCUGUACCCAUUUUGUGCUUUUGAUGUAUAGAACAUUACCUUUAACUAUUUGUGAAUGAUAAAAAAAUGGAUUAACGUUGUGAGAUUCUUUAUAUUUGAUGUUUUUGCUUAGUUACAUUUUACUGAUAUUAUCCUCCCUACCAAUAAGCUUUAGACAAUACAUUCUGUAGCUGAGCACCUUUCCAGAAAAAGAAAAAGCAACAAAGUUCGUUAUUUUUUCUGUUCUUGUAUAAACACCAUUAUGUGAUGAGAUUCAUCAAUGUUAUUUUGGACCAAUAUCGAAAAGGAAAUCAGUGCUUUUAACUCGUAAAUAUACGCAGUAAGUAUUUGAAUAAAUACUAACAAAAUGUU